UCUUGAGUCUUGCCCAGGGCUGUUCCAGCGUUGUGCCUUAAGCCCGGGCUCAGGGGGAUUACAGUAAUGUGAUCAGGAGGAACCAAACAAACGGCCGUCAGGGUCCUUCAUGUGCUCAUCCUGAGAUUAAACACUUAGCGUGGACCGAGUCUCUGGUCCUCAGAGCCCGUCUGACUACCUCUCAACCUUUAUGUAUCUUCAUAUGAGGAGCAUGUUGACAGCAGAACAUCUCGUAGUCUCUGAGAUCCUGCUGGGAUGUUCUCCGGACAUGGGCCCGCGUAGAGGUGGUGGGGCAGCUCCACUCCGCUGAGCCUCUUAGGAUCGCACUGCAGAAGGCGCUGCGCUCCGUGGACCUCCUGCCAGAGGGGGACGAUGGAGGAGCUGCUGCUACCCAGCGGGGAGGAGGCACCGUCCGAGGCCGGCUCCUUCGCCCCCGCCGAGAAGGAGGAGGAGCGGAGCCUGGGGCGGCGCCUCAAGAGGCUGGUGGUGGACCUCCGCCGCCGCGCCAAGAACUUCCUGAAGAGGAACGGCCUGCUGACGCUGUCGGUGCUCGCAGUGCUCACGGGCUGCGUGCUGGGCUUCUCCCUCCGGGGGAGCCAGCUGUCGACCCAGGCUAAGAUCUACUUCUCCUUUCCUGGAGAGCUGCUGAUGAGGAUGCUGAAGAUGUUGAUCCUCCCUCUAAUCACAUCCAGCCUGAUGUCGGGGCUCUCCUCCAUGGAGUCCAAGGCCUGCUGCCGGAUGGGGGUCCUGACCGUCACCUACUACCUGUGGACCACCUUCAUCGCCGUGGUGGUGGGCAUCCUGCUGGUCAUCAUCAUCAAACCCGGGGUGGGGACCGACAUGGAGAGCAACCGGCUGGGGGGAGGGCCGGUGAUGACCUCAGCCGACGCCCUGCUGGACCUCAUCAGGAACAUGGUCCCCUCCAACCUGAUAGAGGCCACCUUUCAGCAGUACAAGACGGAUCUGCUGCCCAUCCUCAAGCUGCCCGCCCGCACGGUGAAGCCCAACUUUGUGUACGUGGUGCCGGACGACAGCGACCCCAGCGGGCGGACAGUGUACCUUGAGCUGACCCCGCCCCCAGAGAUCCACUACAAGACCAGCCCGGGCAGCAGCCAGCAGAUGAACGUCCUCGGCAUCGUCAUCUUCUCCGCGACCAUGGGUCUGCUGCUGGGGAGGAUGGGGGAGAGAGGGGCUCCUCUGGUCAACGUCUGCCAGUGCAUCAACGAGUGCGUCAUGAAGAUAAUCAACGCUGCAGUUUGGUACUUCCCAUUCGGGAUCAUCUUCCUGGUGGCCGGUAAGAUCCUGGACAUGCAGGAUCCGAGCACCUUGGGCCGUAAGCUGGGCUGGUACACCAUCACGGUGCUGGCCGGCCUCUUCGUCCACGGCCUCAUCCUGCUGCCUCUGUUCUACUUCAUCCUCACCCGCAAGAACCCCUUCACCUACAUCAGGGGCCUACUGCAGGCCAUGGUCAUCGCCCUGGCAACCUCCUCCAGCUCGGCCACCCUCCCCAUCACCAUGAAGUGUCUGCUGGAGAACUGCCAGGUGGACCGGCAGAUCGCCCGCUUCGUGCUGCCCGUCGGCGCCACCAUCAACAUGGACGGCACCGCGCUGUACGAGGCCGUGGCAGCCAUCUUUAUUGCCCAGGUCAACGACUAUGAGCUGGACCUGGGCCAGCUGGUCACCAUCAGUAUCACGGCGACGGCUGCGAGCAUCGGAGCCGCCGGGAUCCCGCAGGCCGGUCUGGUCACCAUGGUGAUCGUGCUGACGUCAGUGGGCCUGCCCCCCGAUGACAUCACGCUUAUCGUGGCCAUUGAUUGGGUCCUGGACCGCUUCAGGACGAUGAUCAACGUCCUCGGCGACGCGCUAGCGGCCGGGAUCAUCGCCCACCUCUGCAGGAAGGACUUCCCCCUGAGCGGAGCGGGACAGACCGCCCACCCGUCCUACGGCACUCAGGACUCCGGGGACAACGUCCCCCUGACAGAGAUGCAUACGCACAAGGACUGCCUCUUCGACAACAUGAGCGACUCUGUCCACGACGCUCACACACACACCAUCUACUACAACCUCUGCCAAGUAUGACCCAGGACCCUGGAGUUCUCCUGGUGGGCCGUAUGGACGGGCUGGACUGGUUGACAGUGGUCCACUGACCUACAGGACACACUGAGCUUGUGGUCCACUGACCUACAGGACACACUGAGCUGGUGGUCCACUGACCUACAGGACACACUGAGCUGGUGGUCCACUGACCUACAGGACACACUGAGCUGGUGGUCCACUGACCUACAGGACACACUGAGCUGGUGGUCCACUGACCUACAGGACACACUGAGCUGGUGGUCGACUGACCUACAGGACACACUCAUUGGUCUUCUGUUGAGUAAAUGAAAGCCCCAUAAAGCCCAAUCAUGAAGGACCUGUCUGCACUUGGCAGAUUUCUUCAGUGCAUAUUAUUAAUACCACAAUUACAGAAAGAUGACAACCUUAACUACUGAUAACUGAUCAGAAAACAACCGUUCUACUGGGAGGGUGAGAUUAUGGUGCUGCCAAGUGAGGCCAGGACCCUCUUACUGACAGACCCAGAGUGGAGAUGACCAGAGUAGAGUUGACCAGAGUGGAGAUGACCAGAGUAGAGUUGACCAGAGUGGAGAUGACCAGAGUGGAGAUGACCAGAGUAGAGAUGACCAGAGUGGAGCUUCUACAGACCAGUGUUCCUGGUGACGAGUGUUCCCAGUGACUGAUAGGACCAGGGUUCCUGGUGACUGAUAGGACCAGGGUUCCUGGUGACUAAUAGGACCAGUGUCCCCAGUGACUGAUAGGACCAGUGUCCCCAGUGACUGAUAGGACCAGUGUCCCCAGUGACUGAUAGGACCAGUGUCCCCAGUGACCGAUGGGACCAGGGUUCCUGGUGACUGAUAGGACCAGUGUCCCCGGUGACUGAUAGGACCAGUGUUCCUGGUGACUGUUAGGACCAGUGUCCCCGGUGACUGAUAGGACCAGUGUCCCCAGUCACUGAUGGGACCAGUGUUCCCAUUGACCGAUAGGACCAGUGUUCCCAGUGACUAAUAGGACCAGUGUUCCCAGUGACUAAUAGGACCAGUGUCCCCAGUGACUGCUGGCUUCAGUAACGUCAGAUCUCAAGUGCUCUUCCCUAAGCAGACCCCCUCCUGUCUCAUGGCAUGCAGGCGUGCCUCCUUGUUGACUUGUUGUGGGCUCCUAAUCCAUGUGCAUUACUGUGUUGUUGAGCCCGGAUUAGCGUACGCUGUGAUGAUCUACCAGCUCACCACCUCCUCCGGUCAGCUGACCGGCCAGGUGCUGCCAUGGAUUAUCCACCGGACGUCUUGUGUGUCCUCCCACAAAAACAAUGUUUACUGUCAACAUCUGUUGCGCCUGUAGAGCCCAUAUCGAGCUGUCCAAUGUUUUUCUUUCUAACAUUAAAUGAAACAUCCUGUUGGAGGCA